CAUGGAGAAAGAAGCACCAAAAAGGGUUAACUUAGGAAAAUCAAUCAUAGUGCCGAGCGUACAAGAGCUAGCCAAGGAGUCCAUCACCAAUAUCCCUUCAAGAUAUGAGAUAGAGAACGGCGACCAGCCGGAUCGUCCGAUUAACCCUUCAUUGCCGUUAUCGAUUCCGGUGAUUGAUCUUCAAAGACUGCUCCAUGGCGAUUUUAAGAACCAUGAAGAACUAGACAAACUUCACUUGGCUUGUAAAGAGUGGGGGUUUUUCCAGGUAGUAAACCACGAAGUUAGCGCGUCAUUUUUGGAAACAUUCAAGAUAGAAGUAACCAAUUUUUUAAAGCUUCCAAUGGAGGAAAAGAAGAAACUAUGGCAAGAAGAAGACAAUCAAGAAGGAUUUGGGCAGUUGUUUGUGGUUUCGGAAGACCAAAAACUUGAAUGGUGUGAUAUGUUCUUCUUAAUUACACUUCCUCCUGAAUUGAGAAAGCCAGGACUUUACAAUAAGUUGCCUCAAAAUUUAAGGGUAACAUUGGAAUCUUACAUAGCAGCAAUAAAAGAUUUAGCUCAAACUCUCCUAAACCAGAUGGCUAAAGCAUUAGGGAUUGACGAAGGUGAAAUGACAGAGUUGUUCAAUGAAAUGCAUCAAACAAUGAGGAUGAACUACUACCCGCCAUGUCCCGAGCCUAACAAGGCCAUAGGGCUCAGACCUCACUCGGACGCAACCACCCUUGCCAUCCUUCAUCAGCUGAAUGAUACUGUAGGUCUCGAAAUCAAGAAAGAUGGCAAUUGGGUGCCCGUUAUGCCCCUUGAAAAUGCUUUUGUUGUUAACAUUGGAGACGCUUUGGAGAUUUUAAGCAAUGGAGUAUAUCGAAGUAUUGAGCACAAAGCAACAGUGAACAGGAUGAAAGAGAGGAUAUCAGUUGGCACAUUUAAUAGCCCUAACAUUGAUUCUGAAAUAGGACCAGCUAAGAGUAUUAUUGGUCCUCUUAAUCCUCCACUUUUCCGAACGCAACCAUUGACACAAUACUACAUGGAAUUCUUUGCCAGUAAGCUCAAUGGAAAAUCACAUCUAGAAGUUAUAAGAUUACAAUAAUAUGGGGAUUUCAACAUAGCUUAACAAUUUGUUAAAUAGUUGAAACUAUACAUACGUUGAUGUGGU